AAAGGCCAAGGAUUUUAUUUGAUCCUUCAAAGUAAUAGUAUCAGUACUGUAUAGGCAUUAUCAGCUAAUGUUUUGUAUGGCGUUACCAUGACUACACUUAGGCAUUCUAGAAAUUCCUUUUAACGUUUUAUCGCCAUUGAACCUCUGAGAACUCCAUCGUGGUCACGAGAUACCUCGUUCAGUGAAACUGACACACGUCACAGUAUCAAGAUUCGAAAUUGUUAAGUUUCUUUUAAGAAUAUUAAGCCAUGAAUGACAAAGAGGACAGUGCCUGGGUCUUUGACUCUUUAGUUGGAUUUUUACAAGGACCAAUAUGGUCAGCUCCACUAUUGACGUUCAUAGAAGAGAGAUCCCUGAUAUUCGAAUCCGAUACCGAAGACAGCGCAGAGUAUCGUGAAAUUUAUCAGGAAUAUAAAAAUUUAGUGGAUCUACUUCUUGGCUGUUACAUGGAAGACAUGGGUAUAACUCCUGAACAAUUUGAACAUGCUUGCGCAUUAAAUAAAAAUACAAAAAUGCCUGUUCAGUUCCAACAAAAGCGGCACAUUGAUACAUUCCAGAGUCUCUUCGAGCAAAUCUGGGCAGCGAACGAGUAUGAGAUAUUCAAGAGGAUGAUGAUCCAGAAGAACUUGGAGCUGCAACUACAGGCCUUGAGCUUGAUCGAACAGAAAUACGGCUUGACCCCAGCAUCCUUGACUUGUGAGGCAGAUGCACUUCAGGACGACGAAUUGGUAAUGGAAGAGUUACUGCAUAAACAUAUGCUGGAAGAACGUAGAGAAAGUGAAACGGAAUUAGAUCCAGACCCAGUGUUGCUCGAGGAGCAUCAACGCUUAGCAUCGCAGUACAACGCAGAACGCGAGCUUCUUCAAAAGGCCUUGAGAGAAUCUGCAAAUUCCACCAGGAGUCAUUCACCAGAGCCCGAGCAGGAGCAGGAUGAAGCUGUGCAGAAUCAGUCGAAGACACCCUUGAAAAAUAUUCCUGAGCUGAAGAAGUUGGUGCCGCUUGAUCCAAUACCAGUAAAACCAAAGUCCAACGAUGAUAAGGCAGAAGAAAUAGAAAUAAAAAAGCGUCAAGAUUACUUGAAGGCCCAGCGCGACAAACUAGUCGCCCUGAAAAAACAAGCGCGAAGUCAGAGGCUGGAAACGAAUGGAGCCCGUCCGAGUUCAGCAAGAGUAGCGGCCAAGGCCGCCAUUAAUGGGAAAAAAGAUUAUGAAGAUUCUGAAGCUUUGGAACCUUCAAAAAUUCAAGUACGCAAAGCUCUCGCUGCUCGACUCAAGGCUGAAGUCGUGCACAAUUGAAGUUCAGCAAUAAGAAGCAGCUAUCACACAUAGCUUCAGUCUUAAUAUCUCAUCUACAACAAAUACUUAUCUUAACAGAUAUAGAUAUCACUAUCUACGUAUCCUAUUAAUUAACGUUCUGCAAUCCUCGAUUAAUAAAUAUUGUGGAACCAUGAAAAUCGCAAGGUCGGGUUGUAACACCGAUAAUUAGCCGAUUCUUCUAAUUUUAAGUUUUAUUUAAUUAAAUAUUCUUCGCACUUCUA